AUGUACAGCCAGGACAAAUUGAAUGACAAACUGGAUGACCUAUUCGUCCGCGACCUUGCCCAAAAAGAGGACCUAUUGAAACAGCUUCUUAUGCUUUUAUUACUCGAUAUAGAGUGCUCAGAAAGCUCACUUGGGCCUCUGGCAUCCACUGCAGUCAACGCUGUAUCCGACACUGUGACAAAUUUCAUUACGACUCGAGGUAGUGACGAAAAUAACUCUAUUCUCUGUAGUGAUUCCAUACUCUGGGGCUCUCUUGAGCAGGAUGCUUUUCGCAAAUGUCGAUCUUCGGGGCACAGUGCUCCAUGUCUUAUUCAGUCAUGUCAGCCGCAUCAACCCGUUAUAAAAGCUCAAUCUCACGUUGAUCUUAAUUCUUUCAAAGCCAGCUUUAAAGAUUGCAUUGCUUCGAAGUCAGAACAUUCAGCCGAUGCAUUUCUACAUGAUUUCGCAAAUGCACUAGUCCCUGGCUCAUUGGUUUCGGAGCCCCUAAGGACUGGAGCCUCAGAU